GUCUUUCGGCUCUCCAGCCGCCUGUGACCUGAGCGCUUUUGGCGAAGGACUGAGGUCCAAGGCCCCAUUAGCUCCAGAAGGUCCCUGAAGGGGAACUUUUUCCUUCUAAUUUCUCACAAGCGGGCCGUGGCGGCAGGCAGAGGCUCCUUGCCUGCACCCAGUCCGUAGCACAGCCAUGCCUAAAAAAGGAAAAAAGCCCAGGUUACCCCUGUCGGACGAAGAGCAGCUGAUUUUAUUUCAGCAGAAGUUGUUGGCCGACGAGGAGGCAGCCAAGAAGAAAGAGAGGCUCCUCACCCAGUUCUUGAAGGACAAGUUGGCCAAAGAAGAACACAACAGCUCUCUGAACCUUAAUAAGAUUAAUACGCAGUGGAGAACCGUCCUCAGGGAGGUCAAGACCAGAGAGCUUCACAAGGACAUUGAGAUCCUCAGCCAAAUCUUUGAACGAGUGGUGGACUGCAAAGACAGCGUCAUUAAGUCUCUGGCGAGGGACCUGACUGAAGCUGAGGAGCAAUACGCCCACGCUCUGCGCAGCCACUUGCACAACGUUGACCAGCUCUUGACCCUGCAACGACGCAGGCUCAGCCUCCUGGAGGAAAAUUACAACAUGGAGCUGGAGGUCCUAACCAAAGAGUUUGAGACCGAAAGGAAAGCAAUCCUUGACCAUCACGAUAAGGAAAUCCACUACCUGCACGACGUCUUCAUGGCCAUGGAGCAGAACUACGUGGACUCGGAGUAUGAAAGCAAGCUAGAAUUCCAGAGCAUGUGGGAUGACCUGAAAAACAAGAAUUUAGAAGAGAAGCACUUUCUUCGCCUACAACUGGAGAACGUAGUGGAAGACCUGUGGAGGAGGUUCCAGGAUGCACUCAAGAAUUACACAGAUGCCACGGAGGACCGCAAGAUCGCCUUUGAGACCCUGAAGGUGAAGGAUGAGAAGAGCUCUAAAGAGAUCGAGGUGCAGAUGAAGAAGAUCCAGAGGCUGCAGGAGGCCAUCAGUGUCUUGAAAGGGAAGAUCGUAGCCCACAGCCGCGAAAGUGAAUGGCAGAAUCAGUGUAUCCGAAACGACAAGGAGCUGGUCCAUGUGCAGCUUCGAAAACUUAAGAUCCAGAGGACCCAGGCCCGGACCGAAUCUCAGGAGAACUUAGUCAAACUCACCCUGGAAAGUAACGCCACCCUCAAGGCCCUGAAAAAGGUUGUGGAGAAGGGUGAGAAGAUCCUUAAGCUUGCCGAGAUAUGUAGGAAGUUUGAAACCGAGGAAGAAAAAGUACUGCCUUUCUAUUCUUCAGCACUGACCCCCGAGGAGCAGGAGGAGGUCGAGAUCCAGAACCAGGAGGAGAUCACAGAGGAUCUCGCCAAGAUUAUGAUGGACUACUUGGGAAUGGAGAACUUCUGGAAGAGAUACAACAAGGUGAAACUGGAGGUUCUGAGUCUCCAGCACAGGCGGCUGCAGCUGCUGGAUAUCAGCAGCAAGCUGCGGGAGAUGCUCAAGCAGUACUUGGACGGCAUCUCGGUGAGCGACGAGGUGCUGAGCCGCCUCAACCCGCUCUUCAUAGUAAACUACAAAAGCAACCUGCCCCAGCUGCCCCCAUCCGCAGCGCAGCCUGGCGGUGACAGAGGAGCUAGUGGCGACAGAAAAAUGACUUACAACAUCAUCGAGGCGGCCCACAUUGCCUCCCAUAUCCUGUGAGCUGAGGAGGAGGAGGAAGCGUUCCAAACCCCAGAGACUUUUUUUUUUCCUUUCUUGAAGCCUGAGUGCUUUGCUCUCAUGCUUAGGUGGACACUCCAGCACUGCUCCAGUUACCUACCACCGCCCUAUGCGGCAUAACCAAUUAUUAAUUUUUUUGAAGAAAAAUAGAGAAAUAAAUAAAAGUAAAAGAGAAAAUUC